AUGCAGCGGCGUGAGAUAAGCGCGGCCCUCGACAAGGUCAAGCCCCUACGCUUCGGUGAGAACAAGACGCUCGUGGUCAUUGGCGGUACGUCCGGCAUUGGAGCUGCAACGGCACGCAAGUUCGCCCUUCGGGGACUGGCUACCCGAAUCAUCAUCGUGGGGAGGGACGCACAGCGCGGACACGACGUCGCCCAGAUAUGCUCCUGUUACGCUCCAAAAGGUUCCGAGCCAGCAGUGAGCUUCAUACAGAAGGACGUCUCUUGUCUGGAUACACCAGGGGAACUGACAACCAGGGAUUGCACCGGCUUCGCCGUCCAGGUCAUAUCCCGUUUCGUCAUCUCGCACCUGCUUGUGAGCGCGAACGCCAUGGCCCCCGACGGCGUGAUCAUCAGUGUCGGCAACCCAGGCUGGACGAUGGACGACCUUUCGGCCAACGACUUUUCAUUAGCGCUGUGGGAGAAGACAGCGUGGACACGCAUGUCCGUGUUCGCGGCGCAGAUGUUGCGUGACUCAAGCGUCAUGGAUGCCUGCACCCUCGAGCAGAACGGUCGCUAUCACCAGCGGGUCUUCCACCUCAAUCCGGGGCUCGUGGCCAGCGAGACGUUUCUGUACGGGCAGCUGCCGUUCCCAAUUGGUAUAGCAAGGCGCAUCGCGAUUAUGGCGCCGGCGGCGGUCGAACCUGACGACUAUGCUGACGUGCCGGUCUUCGUCGCUAUGUUCCCCGAGGAAGCGGAGCGCAUUGGUCAAGGCAGACUUCUGGACAAGAAUUUCGCGCAUGUCGACCCGGGGAAGUGGGCCCAGGAUGAGAUGCAUCGUGCGGAGGUGUGGGAGUUCAUGGAGAGGGCAGCGGGCGCUUCUGGGCCCGAACUGACAUCCAGAGGACAACCGUCCGUUGUUGUCGCCGUGCUCCGGCCGCCAAGCGCCUAUCCCAAUGCCGAUGUUGUUGUUGAUUUGAAUGCUGCCCCCGGAUAUGGAGAGACCCCAGAACUUGGAGCAAGGAUACGUGAUCUCUGUGAGCUCGUGGCAUACUCCUUGAAGCUGACAGCAGGCUCCAAGCUGCCCCCGAAAGCGCAGAUCUACAUCGACGCCGUCGACAUCCUAGCCGAGGAUCACACACCAUACGCCGUCCUUCGUUCUCUCCGCUCCAUCCUUGCUGCUGUCAACGCCUCAAAGCCGGGACGCCUUAUUCUCUCCCUGCCGCGUGACUCGCGCUUCCUCCCCCUUGUUACUCCCGCCUCGCUCUCGCCCGGCCUAAUCCUUAUCACACCCCACAACCCCCGCGCGGUCGAGGCCAUGGCCCAGCGGCUACUUCUGACACCCGAGGAUCCGCGCUUCUUCUCCCUCCUCGACCGUUUCUCAGGCGACACCCUCGCUCUCGCCGGCUCGGGACUCGAAGUGGGCGAACCUUCCUCGUACGCUGUGCAGAUCCUGAUCCGCAAGGCUACGGGCGGAGCUAAGGCCAUUGUGCGCGCUGUCGAGGGAUACACGGCGGGCAAGCCCAUGCCGCUGGAGCAGGUGGCGAGCUUCAAGCUCCUGGCUGAGGAGAAGCGGACGACGACACACGCCGAUUUGAACUUGCCCUUCAAUCUGUCUCUGACGGAUCGGCAGAAGAGCGAGCGCGGCGCCGUGCCCCUCCCGUAUGCGCAUGAGGGAGAGGGCGCGGACUUGGGCAUGGGCAUGGACUGGUCCGACGACGAGGAGGACGACGAGAUCUAG